AUGGCCCAACCUAAGAACUGGCCGACCCGGCUUCCGUACCUCUCAGCGCCGGUACACUCUCGGCUCCUUACCCUGGCUCAACGGCAAGCCGUCAGCCAGAAACCAGCAGACCUACCCGACAUCCCAGCGCAAGCCACGAUCCUCCCGAGCCCGCUGGUCAAGAUCACGCCUAUCACGGAUGCCAGGCACCCGGCCAAGGGCCAGAGCGGGCUCUUUGCGGCGCGGCAUCUCAAACCGGGAACGUUUAUCUUGCCGUACCUGGGCACCGUGCAUCCGGAGAUGCCGUCCCAGUCAGACUACGACCUGUGGCUGGACCGGGAGGCUGAGAUCGCGGUGGACGCUGACAAAAGCGGCAACGAGGCGCGGUUUGUGAAUGACUAUCGGGGGGCUGCGGAUAGACCCAACGCCGAGUUCCGCGAGGUCUGGUGUCAGAAGUUCCGGCAGCGAUGCAUGGCGGUUUGGGUACUACCCGAGGGGAAGAACGGACGUGGGAAGGGAGGCAUUGGGAAGGGUGAGGAGAUUCUGAUAAGCUAUGGCAAGGGCUUUUGGGGGGAUCGAAAGAACCACCAGAGUUGA